AUGGUCCAUGAGAUUCAGCAGACAGAAGCUGGAAAGAAAAUGACAGCAGCUGGAGCUGAAGCGCUGAGACAGGCCAGAGUCGCUGCAGAACACGUGGAAAAAAUAGCCGAGAAAGUGGGCGACACAGAAGUGUACAAACAAGUUUCUACGUCAAUGAAGGUUGUAAAGGACGAGAUCGAUAACAUUACUGAUGUUCGAAUGUAUAGUCGACCAGAGGUUCUGAAGAAAAGAACAGAAGGAUUUACUGAUACGUUCGCCAAUCGAACGGUUGAGGCAAAUGAAGAGGCCACAGGGAUCACACUGCACAAAGAAUCUCGUUGGUAUGCUGGAUGGAAGAAGUUCUCAGAGGAGAACGUUUAUUUCAAUAAGCUCCUCGACUGGAAAAUCAGGUAUGAGGAAAGUGACAACAUUGCUGUUCGACUUGUGCGUGGUGUCACGGAGCGGAUAAGCACGGUUUUUGGUGAGCAUUGUGCAGCCACAAGAAUGAAGUGUCAGAAGUACUCAGCAAAAUUGCUAAAAGUAAUAGAUCCGUCCUUUGACAAAGCUGAAUGGCUGCGGUUUUGUGAGAAGGAAGUCAUACCUAACGUUUUGGAGGCAUUCAUACGUGGCGAUUUAGAGGUGCUGCAGGAUUGGUGUCAUGAACGGAACACGCCGGUUCGAGUACAUCACGUAUGGGUGAUGUGUCGCGACAUGGAGGAAUACAAUCCAGCCGUGGCGUGGAAACUCCUCGAAGUCCAUAUGCAGCAAGGACAGCUUGCCCUGUAA